GGAACUCUCUCUACCCCUCACUUUUCUUUUCCAGAUUUUUUCUUCUUUUUGUACCAAUUCACGAUCCCUUACGUCCCUGUUUGGGUCUCUCUCCUCUCUCUCUCUCUCUCUCUCUCUCUCUACACAUGGAGACUCUGGGAGUUCCCUCUCCUCCACUCCCCUGCAAAUCGUUUCUAAACUCAACAACAAGAACAGAGAUUACUCUGAAACCGGGUGUAUUCAGGCAAAUGGGUGUUGUUUCCACCUUGUGGAGGCAGAAAAGAAGCAAUCUUGGGUCUCUGACACUUGGAAGAUCAGUUUCAGGUGGGGAAAAGGGUGGGUUUCGAAGCUCACAAGAUGGGUCUUCAACUAUGGAAGAUAAGGAGGAGAAGGGCCUUCUGUUGGGUGCAGAGAGGGAUGAUUCUGUCUCUGUUGUUGGGUUUCACUUGAUUCCUCCAUCUGCUGCAGGAGACAGCAAAGCUAUUAGCACUCUGGACAAGCUAGGUACUGAUGGAGAAGAAGUAACUGAAGACAUUGAAAGAGAAGAGAAAAUCCCAACCAGAGUAACCCAUAAUAUUAUUUUUGUUACUGCUGAAGCGGCACCUUAUUCAAAGACAGGAGGCCUAGGUGAUGUUUGUGGUUCUUUACCAAUAGCACUUGCUGCUCGUGGACAUCGUGUAAUGGUAAUCUCUCCUAGAUAUUUGCAUGGUGGCCCAUCAGAUAAGAACUUUUCUGGUGCAUCUGAUGUUGGUUGCGGCAUCAAGGUAUAUUGCUUUGGAGGGGCUCAGGAGGUUGCGUUCUUCCAUGAGUAUAGGGCGGGUGUUGAUUGGGUCUUUGUGGACCACCCUUCAUACCACCGUCCUGGAAAUCCAUAUGGUGAUAUUUAUGGUGCUUUUGGUGAUAAUCAGUUCCGGUUCAGUUUACUUUGUCAUGCAGCGUGUGAAGCUCCCUUGGUGCUUCCAUUGGGAGGGUUCACUUAUGGAGAGAAAUGUUUGUUCAUUGUUAACGAUUGGCAUGCAGGCCUUGUGCCAGUACUUUUGGCUGCCAAGUAUCGCCCAUAUGGAGUUUAUAAGGAUGCUCGGAGCAUCCUUGUAAUACAUAACCUAGCACAUCAGGGGGUGGAACCUGCAAUAACCUACAAGAAUUUGGGUUUGCCUCCUGAGUGGUACGGAGCGUUGGAAUGGGUAUUUCCGACAUGGGCAAGAACACAUGCCCUUGACACUGGUGAAGCUGUAAAUCCUUUGAAAGGUGCGAUUGUGACAGCUGAUCGAAUUCUGACAGUUAGCAAGGGAUAUUCUUGGGAAAUAACAACUGUUGAAGGUGGCUAGCUCUUAAGUAGUCGAAAGAGUGUCUUGAACGGGAUCACAAAUGGCGUAGAUGAUACAGAAUGGAACCCAUCUCUGGAUAAGCAUAUUCCUUCACAUUACUCCAUUCAUGAUCUCUCCGGAAAGGUUGAAUGCAAGAUUGCUUUGCAAAAGGAAUUAGGCCUUCCCAUUGACCCUGAUUGUCCAUUGAUUGGAUUUAUUGGGAGACUGGACUACCAAAAAGGCAUUGAUAUAAUUCUAUCAGCAACUCCAGAACUUAUGGAUGAGGAUGUCCAGUUUGUAAUGCUUGGAUCUGGGGAAAAACAAUAUGAAGAUUGGAUGAGAGUAACGGAGUCAUAUUAUAAAGACAAAUUCAGGGGUUGGGUUGGAUUUAAUGUUCCCAUUUCUCAUAGAAUAACAGCAGGCUGUGACAUACUAUUGAUGCCUUCGAGAUUUGAACCUUGUGGUCUAAACCAGUUGUAUGCAAUGAGAUAUGGAACCAUACCUGUGGUUCAUAGCACUGGAGGACUUAGAGAUACAGUAGAGAAUUUCAAUCCAUAUGCUCAAGAAAGCAGUGGUGAAGGCACUGGGUGGACUUUUUCUCCUUUAUCACGAGAGAGUAUGUUAGUGGCACUAAAGGUUGCAAUUCAGACUUACAGAGAAUUUAAGCCUUCUUGGGAGGGCUUAAUGAAGAGAGGAAUGAAGAGGGACUCCACGUGGGAUAACGCUGCAGUUCAAUACGAGCAAGUGUUUGAAUGGGCCUUCAUCGAUCCUCCUUAUAUCAGCUGAUGAGCUAAUUUAAUUUAGAGGCACUUACCAGGAAGUCUCAUAUACAAAUUUUAAAACCCAUCUAGUACCAAAACAAAACACUUGCACCAAUCAGUUAUACAUAUUUUUAGUUGUUACAAAAAAAAUCCUCUUUUUUUAUUUUUAAAUUUAAAAACACUACUACAUUCUACCACCGCUGGACUUCCGUCUGACGCUCACCGGAGACUCGCCGGAAUGUUCAAUAUCAAGUGGAAGUCGUCGAGUAUUUUUUUUUAUCUAUAAUUCACAAUUCUUUGAGUUACAUGUUAAAAUCAUAAAACACAUAGUUGAGAGUUACAACCUCAUUUUUCAUGAAAAAUUCCUUAGAAAACUUGUAAGUCAUGCAAGGAAACAAAAAUUUGAUCA